AUGGUAUGUGUCGGAGUGUGCGCGUCGGAGUGUGCGCGUCGGAGUGUGCGCGUCGGAGUGUGCGCGUCAGAGUGUGCGCGUCAGAGUGUGCGCGUCAGAGUGUGCGCGUCAGAGUGUGCGCGUCAGAGUGUGCGCGUCAGAGUGUGCGCGUCAGAGUGUGCGCGUCAGAGUGUGCGCGUCAGAGUGUGCGCGUCAGAGUGUGCGCGUCAGAGUGUGCGCGUCAGAGUGUGCGCGUCAGAGUGUGCGCGUCAGAGUGUGCGCGUCAGAGUGUGCGCGUCAGAGUGUGCGCGUCAGAGUGUGCGCGUCAGAGUGUGCGCGUCAGAGUGUGCGCGUCAGAGUGUGCGCGUCAGAGUGUGCGCGUCAGAGUGUGCGCGUCAGAGUGUGCGCGUCAGAGUGUGCGCGUCAGAGUGUGCGCGUCAGAGUGUGCGCGUCAGAGUGUGCGCGUCAGAGUGUGCGCGUCAGAGUGUGCGCGUCAGAGUGUGCGCGUCAGAGUGUGCGCGUCAGAGUGUGCGCGUCAGAGUGUGCGCGUCAGAGUGUGCGCGUCAGAGUGUGCGCGUCAGAGUGUGCGCGUCAGAGUGUGCGCGUCAGAGUGUGCGCGUCAGAGUGUGCGCGUCAGAGUGUGCGCGUCAGAGUGUGCGCGUCAGAGUGUGCGCGUCAGAGUGUGCGCGUCAGAGUGUGCGCGUCAGAGUGUGCGCGUCGGAGUGUCUGUAG